AUGCUGCGGACAUCAACGUUGGUGAGCCGACGCUCGGCGUCUACUCUGCCUCGCUCGCUGUCUGUGUGUUUGUUCUCUACCUCAUUCUCCGACAGUAAAUGGCUGUCUCCCCCACGCUCUCGUAGCGCUAAGCCUCCGCGUUGGGGUCCUCCAAGAGGUCGCGGAGAAGGCCGCGGAGGAGGGCGCUGGCGUGACAAUGAACGCCAGCCGCUCACGCGCACGAACGACGGCAAAGACGUUCCGCAGCUAGCGGGUGAAGGUGUCUACGGCAUUCACAGCGUGUUGCAGGCCCUGGAGAGCGGCCAUCGAGACACCCAUGCGCUGUAUGUGCGGGAAGAGCGUGCACCAAUGGACGGCCAGCGCCCCAAGAAGAAGAGUGCAGCAGAUGUGCGUGCUUUGGAGCGUAUCCAUGACCUGGCGGGGUCUAAAGGCGUAGAGAUCCAUUCGACAAGCAAAUGGAUGCUUAACCACAUCACAGGAGACAAGCCUCAUCAGUCGAAUCGCUCUCCUGUCAUUUUGGUGCUGGACGAGAUUCACGACCCGCAGAACUUUGGCGCAAUUCUCCGUUCUGCGCACUUCUUGGGCUGCUCAGCAGUCGUUGUAAGUGAUCGGAACACGGCUCCAUUGUCUCCUGCUGUCUCGCGAGCUUCCGUCGGUGCACUGGAAGUCAUGGUCGCCAACGAUAAAUUGAUGAAAGCGAGGAAUCUGCACGAGAUGCUUGCAGUCAGCGGUGACUUCGGCUGGCGUGUCGUUGGCGCAAGCAGUGGACCCAACUCCGUCACGUCCACGAAACUCUCAGAUGGUCAACCCACGAUCCUUGUCAUGGGCAAUGAACAUCGCGGUCUUCGUAAACAUAUUCGUCAGUGCUGCCAAGACGUCGUCAUCAUCCCAGGUCAAGCUACGGACGAAGACACUCGCGUGGAUUCGCUCAACGUCAGCGUCGCGUCCGCGAUUCUGCUCUACGAACUCUUACACCACUAG